AUUCCAACCUACCUCAACCUCUUGCACUUUGAUUCAUUCAUAGGAUUUAAAUUACUUAAGAAUUUGAACACCAAGCAUUACGAACCGGGCGUGACCAAAAAGGAAGUUGCUGAUUUGUUGCAUUUUGUGGUUGUGGGUGGAGGUCCUACUGGGAUCGAAUUCGGCGGUGAACUCUAUGACUUCAUUACAGAAGACAUGGCUCGGUUGUAUCCGGAUUUCAUGAAUCUAGUUACCAUGACGGUAUAUGAUGUUGCUCCUGAGAUUCUUGGAUCGUUCGACGCAUCUCUUCGGGAAUACGCAACCAAAAAGUUCAUGCGUAAAGGCAUUAACAUAUGCACCAACAGGCAUGUUAUUGAAGUGAGGGAACACGAAAUUAUCGUGGAGGAGGAAGGUGAAGUUCCUUAUGGCAUGCUGGUUUGGGCGACAGGUGAUAAUCCUUAA